CAGCCCAGCCUGUAGCAGAAGGACGGGCUCACAGGGCUUCUCCUGAAACACUCAGGAAACAGGCUGGCUGGUACUGCAGACCCCUGGGAUCAGAUCCAAGUGCAAAGGGAAGGAGCCCCCUAUAAAUCAGCCCACACCAGGCAGCCCGGCUGGCAGAGCUACAGAUCAGCUGUGGAAGGAGCCUCGUCGCCACCAUGAACUUCUCCGGCAAGUACCGACGGCAGAGCCAGGAAAACUUUGAGGCCUUCAUGAAGGCAAUUGGUGAGUGCGAUGAGCUCAUCCAGAAGUGGAAGAACACUGAGUCGGUGACGGAAAUCGUGCAAAACGGGAAGCACUUCAAGUUCAUCAUCACUGCAGGGCCCAAAGUGUUGCAAAAUGAGUUCACCUUGGGGGAGGAGUUUGAGCUGGAGACCUUGACUGGGGAGAAGGUCAAGGCAGCGGCUCAGUUGGAAGGUGAUAAACUGGUGACAACGUUCAAAGGCAUCAAGUCCGUGAUUGAACUCAAUGGUGACAUACUCACCACUGUAAGUUGGCGAUCUGAGCUUGUGGCUCCCAGGGGAGUGGGGAGGGGACAGGGGCUGAAGGGUGAGGAGCAGCCCUCCCCAUUGCCUUUCCUGUUGUCAAUCUCUGCUACCCCUUACUGA